UUGAUGUUUUGUUAUACUAAUUUCGAUAUUACCAUAUUUGGAGUUAUGGGUUGAUGAUGUUGAUAGUUCUCCACGUGAGGACAGUGGUGUGUGUUUACCAGUGAUAAUAGUACAACUUUACGACCAGGGUGUGAAACAUGUAGUCGCGUGUUACUAUGGGCCAGUGCUUAAGUUUGGAUCAGGAAGAAUUGAAGGCACGUGCCCGUAGUGACGAUCUUGACCGACAGCUACAGAAUUGGUCCAAGCAGGAUCAAAAUGUCAUCAAGAUAUUGCUGUUGGGUGCUGCCGAGAGCGGGAAGAGUACACUGGUGAAGCAGAUGAAAAUAAUCCACAAUGAUGGUUUCUCUCACGACGAGCUGCUGUCCUUUAAGCCUGCUGUACUUGACAACCUGUUGGGUUCCAUGAAGUAUGUACUUACUGGUAUGGGACUGUUACGAAUCAACCUGGACAACCCUAAGAAUCGGGGGAACGCCCAGGCAAUCCUCACGUGCACGUGCUGCUUCGACAAGAGCCACGUGAUGCUUCCACACAUGACAAAUGCUCUAAGAGCCCUGUGGCAGGACCGUGGAGUCAGGGUGGCCGUGUCCCGAGGGUACGAGUACGAACUCAACGACUCGGCCAUCUAUUAUUUUGAAAACAUUGAGCGGAUCUGCCACCGAGACUUCGUGCCGUCGUCUGUGGACGUGCUGCGGGCCCGAGUACGAACGACUGGCAUCAUUGAGACGUGUUUUAAAAUUGACAACAUCCUCAUCAGAAUGUUUGAUGUGGGAGGUCAGAGGUCAGAACGUAAGAAAUGGAUCCAAUGUUUUGAUGACGUCAAUGCGCUUCUAUUUGUGGCAGCCCUUAGUGCUUAUGACAUGUGCUUGUACGAAGAUCCACAUGUGAAUCGACUUCAAGAAAGUUUAAAACUUUUCAAAUCUAUGUGCAAUAAUAUUUUCUUCAAGGAGACGUGUAUGAUUUUGUUUCUGAACAAGAUAGACUUGUUUAAGGACAAGAUUCGACAUUCCGGUAGACAUCUACGCCAUUUCUUCAUAGAGUAUAAAGGACCAGAUAAGGAUGUGGACCAGGCAGCUCGCUUUAUCCAGAGAGAUUUUCAGAACCAGAAUCAGAAUCCGUCCAAGGUGGUGUAUCCCCAUUUUACUACAGCGACCGACACAAGUAAUAUACAGGUUGUGUUCCAAGUAGUGAUGGACUCGAUUCUUCGACAAAACUUAAACAUCAGUGCUCUUUUAUAAUAAAAGAACCUUGGACUCCUCUCGACAUUUCUGAACAUCUUCAUCGACUUCUAAUCAUCAGCAAGGAUAGGAACUUGCGCCCAUUAAAUGAAAUCAGCUUGCUUAUAUUGAAGAUUUCCUCCUCCAGCCAGUCCUCGCCAGCUUGCCUUUUUUAGAAGCCAGGCCCAGGACACCAGCCAUUAUCAUCUGUUCGCUUGUUUCACUGAUCUUACGAUCAAACUGUUAUGAUAUGCAAUUUGAUCUCGCCAACAGUUUAUGUGAUAUUGAAUUCCUAUAGCUGAGUGUGACAUGUGAAAACAUAU